GCCCAUGAUAUUUGCAGCAACCAGGGGUUGUCUUUGAAGAGGUUCUUGUUAAAGAAGUUAUAUUUAAAAGGUAAUCUGGAGCCUUGCCAUACAUAGCUUAUCAACAUAUAGAAGUACCCCAACUUUUUCCCAAGCAUUCCAGGGAGGGCCUGCUGACAUGAAGUUUUCCUCUGGCCUCUAGUCGGGUCAAAAGACCAGAGAAGAAAGACACUGGCACCAGGACCCACCACUGGCACAGCAGCUGCCACGUGAGAAAGCUGGCCAGUGGGCUGAGGAUGGAACUCAUUAACUUGGUGCCAUGUUUGCCUUGGGCAAAGUGGUUCCCAGGGCCAGGAGAUCAAGACUGGCAUGCAGUGUUGUGUCAGGUGCUCAAGGAAUCCCAGAAGUGUACAAGACGGAAGAGUCUGCCGAAGCUGAGGAUCAUGGACUUCCUCACCUCCACAGCCAUCCUGCCCCUGCUGUUUGGCUGCGUGGGAAUCUGCAGCCUCCUCAAGCUGCUGCAGCGCAUGCGCACGAGGGCCUACCUCCGGAACGCUGUGGUGGUCAUUACAGGCGCCACCUCAGGCCUGGGGCGAGAAUGUGCUAGAGUCUUCUAUGCUGCGGGGACUAAGCUGGUGCUCUGUGGCCGGAACAGGGAGGCCCUAGAAGAACUCACCAGAGAACUCACUGCUGCUCAGGUUACCAAGGUGCAGACACACAAGCCUUACAUGGUGACCUUCGACCUCGCAGACUCUGGGGCCAUAGGUGCAGCAGCAACCGAGAUCUUGCAGUGCUGUGGCUGUGUGGAUGUGCUCAUCAACAACGCUGGGGUCAGCUACCGUGGCUCUGUCGUGGACACCACCAUGGAUGUGGACAAGCGAGUCAUGGAGAUAAACUACUUUGGCCCAGUUGCUCUGACGAAAGCACUCCUGCCCUCCAUGAUCAAGCGGCAGCAGGGCCACAUCGUUGCAAUCAGCAGCAUCCAGGGCAAAAUCAGCAUUCCUUUUCGAUCAGCAUAUGCGGCCUCCAAACAUGCCACCCAGGCCUUCUUUGACUGUCUGCGCGCUGAGAUGGAGCAGUAUGAUAUUGAGGUGACUGUCAUCAGCCCUGGCUACAUCCACACCAACCUCUCUCUAAACGCCCUCACUGCCGAUGGCUCCAAAUAUGGAGUUAUGGACAAGACCACGGCCCAGGGCCGAAGGCCUAUGGAGGUGGCCCGAGAUGUCCUGGCUGCUGUGGGGAAGAAAAAGAAAGAUGUGAUCCUGGCAGACCUGUUGCCUUCCUUGGCCAUUUAUCUGCGAACUCUGGCUCCUGGUCUCUUCUUCAGCCUGAUGGCCUCCCGAGCCAGAAAGGAGCAGAAAUCCAAGAGCUCCUAGUGCCACAGCAGUUGGGGCAGGAAACAGCACCUGCCUGGGAGAACGGCUGCCCUACAAGGAAGAGCUGCAUUUGUUGAGACUUUACUGGAUGUUUGUCUCACAGGUAGGAAAGACAGAGGUACACUACUGCAGAUCCCUGGCUAGGCUCCUGCUUAGAGGAUGGGAAACAAAGGCGGCAGCGGGCUUCUCAAGGGUGAGGGCUAACGCUUAAGUAUAAAUGUGCAGCUGGAUUUUAAUGCUAAGAAUAUGAAUAAAUGAAUGGAAUGGGAAGAGUCAUAGUCCUCAAGGACUAGAAGAACCAUGCUUCCUUUGAGUGCCAACGUGCACCAGCUCCUAGAAAGUGUUUCCGUCUUGAAAUCAGAAGACUUCCUGACGUCACCUUGACACAGUUGUUUCCGUAUUUGACUUAUCCAAGACCACUUACCUAAUUGUUUUGGCAGACUCCACCUCCAGUACUAAAGGGAGAAGGCUGUAUUUCCAGGUUCCUACCGUAUUUCAUUCAACACAGCAAAUGGGCGAAUAUGUAAUCAAUCAUUUGACAUAUCCUAAGUGACACUGGCUUUAGUACCUAAAAGAAUUCCCCAGUUUCCCUGCUGACUCCCACUCAAAGCCCUGUAGGAUCAGGCACCACUCCAAGCACGUGAAUUUACUAAGGAGACAUAAGCCAAACGGGAGAGGAAAAUCCGGCAUGGUCCCGUGUAUCCUCUAGAAAAUACGACUCAGAGACCCAGUCAGGUGGGGAGGGCUCGUAAAGCAGCAUCUGGCCCCUGGCGGAAGCAGCCCAUUUGUUAGCAUUGGAGCGCAGCCAGAAAAGGUGCCCGUGUCCACUUUUAUGAUUUAUUACAAAUACACAGUUGAGGUUCAUUAAGUCCACUUCAUACCUGAAGUUUAAGGUGAAAAGUUUCUCAGUAUUGAAGCUGACACUGGAAAUGGUAGGUCCACUGCAUAGGUUUCCCCGAAUUAGAAUAAAAAUCUCCUAGCAUAUUAUACUGAUAUCUUACACUAAUUCUGGAUCUCUGGAGCUUGUAUUUUAAACAUCUACCCAUAAAAUAAAAAUGGCCAAAGCCAGCCUGUGGUUGGGUGUUGAAAGCUCUCGAGUUUCCUGGGAGUAGGACGCUGAGGGGUGGACGAUUAGGCCUGGUGACCAAUUCCAGCCCCUACCACAGCCCAGACAUUGCAGGAGCCCAGGGUUGAAAUGUGGAUACAGACGUGAUGGGUGGCUUUUCACUUUCUACAGAAACCACUGCCUCCCUUCUGACAUGAAAGAGAAAGGGUCACUCAGUGUUCACAUCAGAGAAGCAUUGGACCUGAGCCAGCAGCGGCAGCCACACUAAAGCCUGGCCCAAGUCUGAGGUCAAAUAAAAUUGCCAAGUGCAUAGCAGAUCCUCGGUAAAAGGCAGCAGGAGAGGAGGUGGUCUCUGUAAACGGGAAUGAGAACAUCUCUCCCUGGACACUUGUUGGCUGGAAUUUUCAAAAGGGCCCAUGUCCAGGUGCUGUCCCUUCCUCUCCAUUAAAUAAAACGGUCAGCAACCAAGACUGAUGUGAUACACUGCCCUGUGAGUAGGCACGAAUGCCAUCAUCAAAAAAUGCCACCAACUGUGUUGCUGAGAUGGCUGGUUUGGGAGCCAUUGUGAUAAGUGGCUGGAAGCCUACCGAGCCCUGACUCAGCUAUGGGUUGGGACGUGGCAUUUGGAGAAGACACAGAUGUCUCACUUGGUAUGACACUUGGGCCAUAGCCAAAUGCCACUAAAUGUUUAUUUACCUAACAUUUAAAAAACUCAGUUCACUUUCUAAAUUACUUUAGAAACUUUAUCUUCUUUAUAAAUAGGAAAUAACAUAAUACAAACAGAACCAUUAAAAUCUAGCUGGAUCCACUGUCUGCCAAAGGCUUGCUCUGAGGCCCAGCUGCUCCUGAGGAGGUGGCUGCAUGGAGGUAUUAAAAUGAGCUCGCACCACACACACACACACACACACACACACACACACACACACACACUCUCUCUCUCUCUCUUCUGGCCUCGGGCCAGGAGGACCACCACAAAGGGCCUCCAAUGGCCACAGUGUACCUCAAACCAUCUUGGUGCCUCUAGUGGCUCGCCCCUCCCUGGAGAACAUAUCUGGGUAAAGUGAGCUUGUGGAGCCUGCUGGAGUCAUCAUGACGUGGGCGGCAGCUCUUUCUUGAGGGCCAGUGCCCCGCACAAGAGUGCCCUGGAGAGGGGAGCUGGGCCAGGCCUGGCCUGGGCCUUUCACUCAGAGCCUCAAGGCCCCUUUGUGAACAUCUGCCACCAGGGGUAGUGGUGUUCCUGCUGUUCCAGUUUCUCUUUUCUGCCCUCAGGUGGUUUUCCUGUCUCUUUCAUCCUUGAAUUAUGGGUAGGUUUGAAAAGCAUGAUUCUGAAUUCUGCCUUCAAAUAAAGUUCAAAGGCACUUUCCACUUUCCUCUUCAAAACUCUUGGUGUUUCAGUGGUCUGAGGGCAGAAGCAGGCUGUCCUGAGCUUCAUGCCAAGAUCAGUCUGAAAAACAAAUGAGUUUCCAGCCAGAAACACUGCACAUCUGUGUACUGAGUGACGGCAGCUCAUGCGUAAUUAGAUGGAUGGAGGAAGGAGCCUCCUGCUUCUAUCAGGGACCGACAGCUGCUGAACCAGAUGUGAACACUACUUGGGAGGGAACAGACUGUAACAAGGAGAGAGACAAGUUUGCCAGGGUUGGCUCCUCCCCGUUUCCUGAGUUGGCCCUUACCAAGGCUCUGCUCUUCUCUGAAGUUGGAGUGAGGCUGGCAGCUGAGACUCACGUAUCAGGAUAACUGCAUGAUCCAUCAUGACACGGUCUACACAGGACUUAUGUGUGUGCACUUUGCAGAGGGCCCAGCUAACCUGGCCUCUGCUCUCUCAGUUGGCAGUUACUUCAUGCUCUUUCAAGAGCACUGUGGCAUGUUAUAGACGAACACUGCCCACUUAUCAGUGAUGUCUAUGUAGGUGGCAGAAAUAGGAAAGUCAACGCCAACGGAAGGGCAGGCCGUCCAGACACAAGGCUGGUUCUGCUGCGCUCCUUCCCAGCCGAUGGGGGGAACUGCUCAAGUGGUGCAUCCUAGAAUACAAAACCCCUGCCCUGCAGGCCACAGCAGCACCACGUCUUCCCCUCCUUGGCAUAAGACACAACAUGUAACCAAGGUGGCAUUUCAGAAUCUGGGCUUGUCCACCGAACAAGAAUCACGUUGUCCCCUGCACGCACCUGGCUUCUAUUUCUGGUGAUGGCUUCUGCUCAGCUGUCCUGAGAUGGCCACUGCUUGUCUAAUUCUAGCCGCCUCCCCCUUGAAAUCUGAAGGCAGAGUAUGGGGCUCCUCUUCCAAAUCUGGGCUACUACAAAAACACCUACUGUUCCUGCCUAACAGACUCAGGAGCCAGCAGUCAGACAUCCGAGGGGGUCAUGGGCAAUGUUCAAGAUGAGGUCUGUUUGGGAUCACUACCAAUUCACUGUUCCAGAUGGCUAGACUGCCAUGUCAACAGUAGUGUUUACCCAACACCAUUUUGGCCACCCAGCACUCAACUGAGUAAUUAGUGUCUCCAGGGCCCAUGGAAUUAAAUCAGUUUCUCAAACUCUUUGUGGGCCAUGGAUCCCGUUUUUUUGUUGUUUCUAUUUUGUUUACAUAUAUGUAAAUAAGACCUUACAUAUACUGGCAGUUGAUUUUCAACAAGGAUACCAGGACAAUUCAAUAAAGAAAGUAUUCUUUCA